ACCAAAACUCGACAGCCCUGUUGCAAUGUUUACGCGUCGUGUUAUCACUAUAGCAACCAACCAAUUGCAUCUGUUAUCCGUAUUUUACUGCAAACCGGUGCGUUUUGACUCGAGCUGGCUCGACAUGCGUGAGGAAUGAGCGAUACGGACACGGACGACACCGAUCUGUUGCUGCUCAUACCGCCCAAUUACUAUUCGGAGGUGAAGAUGAGCUCAGGCGCAGGCGCAGCGGCCGAUGCACUGGCCAUGCCCCCGCCCCCCGCGCCCACAAGUGCGGCGUACCAGUUCCUGCAUCCCAGCAAGAAAUCGGAGCUCAAUAACAUAAAUGCACGGUUGCAGAACAUCGGACUGGAUGCGGAGGAUGAUCGAGGAUUUGAGCCACCAUCGGAUAUAUCCACCAUAUCCACGAAUACCGUGAGAAAUGCAGCAGGACGGCCAAACAGGGAGCUCCAUGGCAUGGUGCACUCCACUCCAAAAAGUGGAUCUGUGGAGCCUCUUCGCCACCGACCCUUAGAGGAUAACAUACUCCUGGAGAUUGAUCACUACCUGGACGACAACAAUGCACAUCGCUGGCAGAGGCAGGAUCAUCACCUGCAUCACCAUAGCGAUGACCAUCUGCGGAACGAGCGGGUGGUGCAAGAGGGUCAUCCGGCGGCCACAUCCUUGCCUAGCAUGCGACUGGCUUCCUCGUCCUCCGGCGCUGCUUCAGUGAAGGAAGUAGUGAGAGGCGCACGCAACAGCUUGAACGACAACAAGCUUAUCAGCCUGAGUGAACUCUGGGGCAAGAGUAGCAUGUCGAGAACUGUCCUGGACAACAAUUCUCCCAACCAACUCUUGUGCAGUCCUUCCCUGAAAGAGGAACAACUGAGGAGACAGCAUCUAGAGAAAACUGUUCACACCCUGCAAUCCCAACUGUUGGAGUACCAGCAGCGCAUAUCAGUGGCCAUCGAGGUAGAUCGUUCCAAGGAUGCAGCCCUCAGUGGAGCUGAGCAAACAGCCCAGAGCCUCAACUACGAGGUUCAGCAACUUCGUAAUGCUCUCCACCGGCUGGAGACGGACAGAAGCGAAUCUCACACCAAGAUUGAUGCCCUGCAGCACGAGUUGUCCCAGGCUGUCCACUUGGCCACCCAGUUUCAGGAAAAGAAUGAUAAAUUAGAGGGGGAACUGGAUCAUCGCAGAAAAGAGGCCAAGGAUUGGGACGACAGACUGGAGCAACUGGAAAUGCAGCUGCACAGCAGCAAGAGGGCAGAAGAGCUAUCACACGCGGAGCUCAACAAGCUGAGGGAUAAGUUUGCCAAGGUCGACUACCAGCAGGAGAAGCUAAAAGCCCGCAUUGAAGAACUGGAAAAAGACAAGAACACGCUUACAAACCAAAAGGAAAUGCUGCAAGAAUAUCAUCAAAAACAAAAAGCUCGUGCAGAUUCUUUGGAGGCCCAGCGCAAAUCCAUGCAAGAAACACUGGCAAAUCUAACCGAAAAUGAGACAAAUCUUAAAAAAAAGUUGGAUAUUCAACAGAAAUCUCUAAAGCAGUAUUACCAACAGCAAAUGGAGAAUGUGGUUUCCAAAAAAAUGCAGGAAUUUCAAGACCAGCUGGACAAAAAUGAGGAGCAUCUAAAGAAUGAGGCACGCGAACGUGAAAGGCUGAUAGCUGAGCGAGCCGUUAAACAGCUGGAAAUGAUCAACGAGAAAAACAAUCAGGAACUGAAUCUAAUCCAGGAAAAGCAUAACGAGGAGGUUGAGUUGUAUCGCCUUCAGUUGGCGAAUGCGUCCAAGAAGAUAGAUGAAAUGGAUCUGAAACUCAGCUGUUACAAAACCAAGAGAGCUGAUAUUGCGGAGAAGCUCCAUGGAGUAAUGGAAGCCCAGUGGCAGCAGGCACUUGCAAUACUUACCACGCCUACUCAGAACUCUCUGAUGCAAGCCAGCGACACUGAAGGAGAAUCACCGGAGCUCAACAAUGCCCGCAUUUAUCCAGAGACUCCCAAGACGAGCAAAUCACAGCGCAGCAACAGCACGGAGAAGAACAACUUAGAUGUGGUGGGGAAACGAGAUCCGCCCUCACCAAUGGAUAAGCUGCAGGCCUACAUUGAGCUGCUCCUUAGCAAGUCGCCCAGUGAUUUCGACAAACUCGAUGAGAUUCUGUCCAUGGCGACCAAACAGGGAAGCAAACAAAACAAACCAAAAAGCGGAAAUGGCAACAGUAAGCCUCCACCCUGGAAGUGCUGACAACAAGAGAAGCUUUCGAUA